UCACAUGGUACGCCCGCCCAAGAUGGCCGCUUAAUUCGGAGCGGAGUUCGUUGUUCCCCCAAACCCUCUUUAAAAAUAAGUUAACGUCGAUAUAUUCACUUUAUUUUAGUGUAGGUCGUGCAAUUGCAGUGGGAUGAGUCAGAAAAGUCAGUUUUUUAUGUGUAACCAGUCUACUGCUUCGCGAGGGAAAGUUGCUUACAACUCCCAGGGCACUUCGUUAUCCAGAAUGGCUGAAUCACCUGUUGGAGCUAAGACUCAGAGUUCAUCUAAAGAUAACGUAGCCACCGAGUUGACUACCAUAAGAUCCAUUCUUGAGCAGCUAGCUCAUGACAUGAAUGCGGUGAAAGGUGGUAUUGAGUCUCUCAAUGAAACCGUGAACAACCUUGGCCGUAGGGUUGAGGAAGCUGAGACAAGAAUCUCCCGCUUGGAAGAUAAUGAGGCUAAAGCUAGCUCAAUUAGAAAGGACCUAAUGAAGCAGAACCAACGGCUGCAAGAAAAACUGACAGCAUUGGAGGGUUUCUCCCAAUGCCAGAAUAUCAGAAUCUCAGGCGUCAAAGAAGGUACAGAGGGCACUGAUCUGGAGGGGUGUUUGAAAUCCCUAUUGUAUGAUGCAUUGGAUAUUGAGACGGAUGCUUGGUGCGAAGUAGACAGAAUUCAUCGCGUGGGCCCUGCACUAACACUUGCUGAGGAUUCAAGACCUAGACACAUCAUCGUCCGCUUUCUACGGGAUAAAGCCAAGGCGACGGUUCUGGCUGCGGCGAGAAAAAAGAAACCGAUCACGUGGAAAGGAAUGAGAAUCCGUUUUUUCCAGGACUAUGCGCAGGAGGUACAAGAAAAAUGCAGGAAAUUUGACGAGGCGCGACGCUUGCUACAACAAUGCAAUAUUGACUAUUCUCUUCGCUAUCCUGCCAUCAUGACCUUCUCGAUGCAUGGUCAGCGACAUCAGUUUUUGACUCCAGCUGAGGUUAAGCGAUUUCUCAGCGGCUUGGAAUCUACGAACUUCCCGGCAGAUGGCGAUGAGGGUCAGGUGAAUUCCAACAUAGAUGGAGACCCAGGAGGAGAAGAAUCCAAACUAAAUGGCAAACUUCAGUCAGCAGCAGAAGUGGCGAUCGGAAGGCAGCUCAGUGAACCAGGCCGAUUUGCCUAUGCCGCUUUGUGUGGCGUGUCUCUCGGCCACCUUUUCCCAGGAUCAGAACAAAGGUCUUUUCGGGAGCGAUAUCUGGAAGGCUUAGUGCAAUGGCUGGGUCUUGAUGAGUCUGUCAUGCCAGUGAUGCAGGCCUUCCUGACUGGACUGGGGGGCGAAGGCAGUGACACCUUCCUGUCCAUUCUUCAGGCAGAGCCACUACUCAGCACUGGAGCUUUGCCUGUUACACAGGAUCUUGUUUCCUUCUCAGUCAAAGAUGGUGAGUAUGAUGCCAGGGCUCGCAUCCUGAUCCGACAUGUCAGCUGCCUACUCCGUGUCUGUCCUAAGCAGCUCGAAGGUUUUGAGGAGACACUCGGAGAACGGUUGAGACAGGGAGGGGAGGAGAGCGAAGAAGAGUCAUCAAGAAGACGGAAGAAAGAAAGAGGGCGUGCACUGCGGCGUUACUUGCUGAUAGGUCUUGCCACCGUUGGUGGGGGUACAGUAUUAGGUGUAACAGGGGGCCUGGCUGCACCUUUAGUGGCUGCAGGAGCAGGCGCAGUGUUGGGUGCAGGAGGAGCUGCUGUUCUGGGCUCAGUCACUGGUAUUGCCAUUAUGGCCUCCCUGUUUGGUGCUGCAGGAGCUGGAUUAACUGGCUAUAAGAUGAACAAACGAGUGGGUGCAAUUGAGGAAUUUGAGUUCCUUCCUUUGAACUCCGGGAAACACCUUCACGUGACUGUGGCUGUAACAGGAUGGCUGUGCAGUGGCAAAUACAGUUCUUUUCAGGCUCCAUGGCGCAGUCUGGAUGCCUGUGGAGAGCAGUACUGUCUGAAGUGGGAGUCCCGCUACCUGAUGGAUCUGGGCUCUGUCCUGGACACGCUGUGGGAUGGGCUGGUCAGCAUUGUGGCACAGGAGGCUCUCAAAUACACCGUGCUCUCAGGCAUCGUUACUGCUCUCACCUGGCCCGCGUCUCUGCUGGCGGUGGCGAGCGUGAUUGAUAACCCAUGGGGAGUAUGUCUGAGUCGCUCAGCAGAGGUGGGAAAGCACCUAGCCCAAGUACUUCGGAGCAGGCAACAGGGAAAGCGACCUGUCAGUCUAAUUGGUUUUAGCCUUGGAGCUAGAGUGAUCUAUUUCUGUUUGGAAGAACUUGCCAACGAUAAAGGUAGUGAAGGUGUCAUAGAGGAUGUUGUUCUGCUCGGAGCUCCUGUGGACGGAUCAGAAAAAACAUGGGCACGUCUGUCGAAGGUCGUUGCUGGGAAGAUUGUUAAUGGUUAUUGCAGGGGAGAUUGGCUUCUUGGAUUUGUGUAUCGAAGUUCAUCUGUUCAGCUGUCUGUGGCAGGGCUACAACCAAUCAACUCAAAUAAUCGCCACAUAAUUAAUGUGGAUCUGUCUUCUGUGGUCAAAGGUCACUUGGACUACAUGCGUCAGAUGGACACUAUCCUCGUAGCAGUUGGCGUUCCUACCAAGGAGGGAGCUGGAACUACACCUGGCCAUUCUCAGUCAGUGAUGUUAAGUGAAGGGAAACUGGACACUCCAGAGGCCCAGCCCAACAAAGAGAAUGGACAACAUGAGGAAAACCUUAUAGAGGCUUCAAACAAAAAUGAGGAGGCUAAUGUGAAGAAUGAACUCACAGAGACUGAAGGAGAACAACAUAGUCCUGGGAGAGCGCAGGAGAACGGCUGGGAUAUUCCAGACAUAUCUGACUUACUAGAAUCAUUAAGUGUCUCCAAGUCUGAACAAAAAGACAGCAGUUUUUUUACUUGCACCGAGGACAUUGAGGGUUCACACGGUCAGUGCACACAGGAGGAAGAGAGUCAAAGUGACACAGCGAGUGAGUGUAUUUCCUGGGAAUGGGAAACCAAACACUGGACUAUUGAACCUACAACCACACACCACUCUAAAAGAACUGAAUGUUCCACACAGGAUCAAGUAGCAAAAGGCAAACAGCCUUUUUCUGCAACGCUGCCCACACAAUCACUUCAUAGUCCUGUCACAGAACACACAACGACAGCGCACAUGGAUUCCGAGGAGAGUAAAGGUUAAAUCAGUGCCUCAUGGUCCUUGUACUAGAGUACCAACAUGCUGCUGUGUAGUGCCUUUUUUUUUUUUUUUUUUUUGCUGUGAAACACCUGAUACAUCUUGACUCCUAAUCAUGAAGGCUUUCAAGAGUUGAUUCAAGUGUGUUACAGCAAUAAAACCAUUUAAAGUAAAUGAAGCAGGGGUGCAUACUGGAAUAAAACAAGCUGGAAUCUU